AUGAGAGGUGAAAAGUUUUCAGAUAAUCUGCAUAAAGUUUCAAAACCAGGCACAGUUAGCCCAGAUUUUCCUGAAGAUUUUGGUUCAUCGCCCAAAUCUGAAGAUGUAGACGACAGACAACACUGUAACGGAAGGAUCGUUUCGGAAUUUAAUGAGAUUGUGGAUUCUAUUUCAAAUUUGAACAUCGUAUCACAUGAUGUGCCGAUCAGUGAUAAUUCGCUGGAACAGUCUCCCAAUAGCCACUCAGAUGAAUUCACACUUGAAGACUCGCGUACCUCUAGCCAGAGCGGAACGGAGUUAGGAAGCCCGGAACGUAGCGUGAGCACGUAUGAUUCGCACUUUUCAACCCAGAGGACUUCGUCCCUGUCAGAUUCGUUGUCAAGUCAGUCGAAUCUAGGCUCGCCAGCAGUAAAUAACGACAAUUCGUCAAAUAACUCGGAGAAUAUUGGAUCGGGAUUAAAUACGACUUCGAGUAAAGCUUCUGGGCCAGUAUUCGCGCAUAAUCCAUCAUUCCAAUAUUUCAAAGAAAACACACCGAUUCAAAACUACUGUAACUACACAUUUACGCCGGGAGUUAUACCGAGUUUUGAACCACUGAAAUUUGACAUCUUUACUCCGAACAAUAAGACUAACACUAAGCCGAACACUAAGCCGAAAAUUAAGUCUAACCCUGUGUAUCAAUAUAAACUGAUGUUGGACACGAACGUUGAUUUGACAAAACCGUAUCCUGUGCCUUUUGAGUAUACAGGAUUUAAAGAUCUGGAAAAAUACUAUGAGCACCAGAAAGAAACAGCCUACGAAAAAGAGGAAAACCCUGAAUCACAGAGUAACGAGGAGAACGUGUCGGAAGACACGAAGUCGAUUUCGACAAACAGAAAUGACUCGUUCGACUCAGACGAUCAAGGAGACCACGGAGCAAACGACGGAGGCCUGUUCGGAAUGAACCUGAGCGACACGGAGGACCAGAAGAGCUACGUGCCAGGAGGAUACCACCCAGUGACAAUAGGAGAGGUGUACAACGACAGGUACAAAAUAGAGGCGAAGCUGGGCUGGGGAUACUUCAGCACAGUAUGGCUGGCCUCAGACGCAAAGAACAAGGACACAUUCGUGGCACUUAAGUUCCAGAGGAGCGCAAAGAUAUACUACAACGCAGUGCUGGACGAAAUCGACCUGCUGAAGGAAAUCAACGAAGGAGAGGAGACGAACGCGUGGAUGAGCACGAGGCAAGUCUACAAGAAGCUGCUGGGCCAAAACUAUAACCCGACGAAGGGAGUGGUGUCAUACAUCGACUACUUCAAGGUCGAAGGGCCGAACGGGACGCACAUAUGCGUGGUAUUCGAGGCAAUGGGGCCGAACAUACUGACGCUGAUAAGGCUGUACCAGUUCCAGGGCAUACCGAUGGACCUGGUGAAAAAAAUAACGACGCACGUGCUGCUGGGGCUAGACUACCUGCACAGAGUGUGCAAGAUCAUACACACGGACCUGAAGCCGGAGAACAUACUGGUGACGUCGCCGCUGAGCAACUAUGACCUGAACACGUGCAACAACGGGAAGGUCGCAGAGAAAAAGAACGCAUCUGAAGUAAAUGAGAAUAACGGCAAUUCCACACAGGGGCAAGUUAGUUCAGGCGCGAAGGCAGAUGAGGGCGCUGAGGAAACUCAGGCACACAAUGAAGACAAGGAGAGCAACAACGAAGGCGCGAGUGGAGACUACAAACAGAACGGAGACGACGAGGAAAUAACGGAAAUCGGAGCAAACACUGACGUCGAGUACGUGAAGAACACAAUCAGGCCUUGCUUCAGCGACCCGACGCUGACGACGACCUACAAAGACAACUACGCGCUCCAGGAAACGUUCCUGAAAAUGCCGUACCACCACAUAACGUGGAACAUGAUGAGAACAGUGGACAGGAGCUCGAACAAGUCACACUACCACCCGUCAGUGCUAUCGUCAAUAGGGAUGAACCCGUACAGAAUUAACAGGACCACAGUAAAGACCUCGAAGGGGUACAUAAACAUUAGGCCGUACACAGCAGAGCAGUUCAGCCACCCGAACGCAAUAUUUAAGAUAUGCGAUCUAGGCAACGCCUGUUGGACGCACAAGCACUUCACCGAGGAGAUACAGACGAGACAAUACAGGUCGCCGGAGGCGAUACUGAAAAUAGGAUACGAUUGUCUGUCGGAUAUCUGGUCACUGGCAUGCGUAAUAUUUGAGCUAAUAACGGGAGACUAUCUGUUCGAUCCGAACGGGAACGACUCUGACCAGAGAGACUCGAGUCACAUAGCACUGAUUGUUGAGUUGCUGGGCCCAAUACCAAACUAUAUGAUAAAGAAUAGCAAGAAGGCCAAGAAAAUGGAGUUCCACAACAUCAACAAAAUCAAAAGGUGGCCCCUGGAUUCAGUUUUGGUGAAAAAAUACGGCAUGGACAAGAAGGAGGCGAAGCAACUGUCAAACUUCCUGUCAUGUAUGCUGAGAAUUAACCCACUCGAACGCCAUACCGCUCAACAACUUCUUUCACACACGUGGCUGACAAAAGCCGAAAACUAA